UAUUUCAUCACAAUAUAAAUGCUCUUGAAAUAAUUUUAUAGAUGAGGUGAAGAUUCAUCUAGCAAUUAAAUUUCUGAAGCUAACAUGAGCAUGAGAAUAACAAUUUUGUAAUUCAAGAACAACGCAAUAAAUCAAGCUAAGCUGUUUCCGUUUCAGAAUGGAUUUAUGAAGAUUUAGAUUGAUGCGUGAAUUAAUUAGUGAUUUCUGUUUCUUAUUUAUAAUCCACUGAUCAAAUCAAGCUAAAUUACUAGUAUUUUACUCAUUAAUAUCGUUGAAAUCGUUUUAGAAACAUUAAUUUAAUAUGGCUACUACUAAUACUGGUGGUGACCAAGAAACCGAUAUCAAAGCAAAGCGCGAAAGUUGCGAUGAUUCUGAAGACGAGAGUGAAAACUUAGAGGAAAGCCCCUGCGGAAGAUGGCUAAAAAGACGCGAAGAAGUACAGCAACGUGACAUACCCGGCGUAGAUGCUGCAUAUCUAGCCAUGGAUACUGAAGAAGGAGUUGAAGUUGUUUGGAAUGAAGUUAAGUUUUCAGAGCGUAAAAAUUUUAAGUAUCAAGAAGGGAAAAUCCGAGGGGUUUUCGAUAGCUUAACUCAACUAGAUCAUCCUAACAUUGUUAAACUUCACAAGUAUUGGAUUGACAAGGACUCUGAGAGUCCAAGAGUUAUUUUUAUUACGGAAUACAUGUCGAGUGGCUCUUUGAAGCAGUUUUUGAAAAAGACUAAACGCAAUGUUAUAAAAUUGCCUUUACUUUCAUGGAAACGAUGGUGUUCUCAGAUCCUCUCAGCCUUAAAUUAUCUGCAUUCCUGUUCACCUCCCAUCAUUCAUGGUAAUCUUACCUGUGAUACAAUAUUCAUCCAACAUAAUGGCUUAAUAAAAAUAGGCUCUGUAGCACCAGAUGCUAUUCAUUAUCAUGUUAAAACGUACAGAAAAGAUCUGAAAAACGUGCAUUUUAUAGCUCCAGAAUAUGGAACCAAGACAUUUCCUCUGUUGACCCAAGCUGUCGAUGUUUAUGCAUUUGGAAUGUGCGCAUUAGAAAUGGCUGCAUUGGAAAUACCAAUCUCUAGUGACACAGGAAAUCAAGUUACUGAAGACGUCGUAAACAAAACCAUCGAAUCUCUUGAAAACCAGUUGCAAAAAGAUUUCAUUCGAAGAUGCCUCAGUAAAAAUCCGAAUGAAAGGGCUACAGUUCGUGAAUUGUUGUUUCAUCCCAUAAUAUUUGAAGUGCAUCCUUUAAAACUUUUAGCUGCACAUAUAAUUGUAAAUUCAGCAUCAUAUCAACCUGAACAGUUAACGGAUGAGGCUUUACGUUCAAAGUAUAAUCACCAGAAUGAUGUAUUGGCUAUGAUGCCCGUUAAGGGUGGUAAACCUGGCCCUGAAAUAACACGGACUGAUGCGCAAAAGUUAGAGCUGGAAAAGUUUUUAGAUGAUGUUCGAAAUGGUAUCUAUCCACUUACUGCGUACGCGGCUACUCAUGUUCCUAUAAUUCAGAAGCGAACAACCUCUCCUGAAAUGACCGAUUCUGCCAAAUCGACAUCACCCGAAGCACAAGAUGUUGAAACUAGACGAAUUGUAAAUAUUAUGUGCAAUAUUAAACCUCAAGAGCAAGGACAGAAUUAUGUCAUGACAAUUUUGUUAAGAAUGGAUGAUAAAAUGAACAGACAAUUGUCUUGUGAAGUGACUCAACAAGAUACUCCUACUUGUCUUUCUGAAGAGUUGGUUUUUCAUGGCUUUAUAAAUCAAGAAGAUCGGGAAAUGGUGUCAAAUUUGAUUGGAGACACUCUCAGCCGUCGUCAUAUUCCUGAUUUGCCUAAUCCGUCACCUUUACCUAGUGAAGCUGCAGUUAUAUAAAAUAGUUUAAGUGAAAAAAAGUAUUUUCAAAUGAAAGAAAAAAAUUGCUUUGAAUAUACACUAUAUAAUCUAAGCUUCUUACUUAAAACAUAAGACUUUCCUUUUACGAUGUUUCAUUUUCUUAAUAUAUUUGAUCUGAUUUUAAAAAAGUUGUGUAGCGCUAGACAAGCGCUCAUUUUUGUGCGACAUAAGUGUUCAAAUAGGCUAUCUAGUUAACUGCUUAUAUUUAAGUGUAUUUUUGUUCAACAGUAUCAAAAGAUUUAUUUAUUGCAAAAAUUUAAAUAUUAUAAAUUUUAAAGUUUUUAUUUUAAGAUGCUGAAUUUAAUCAAGCAGUUAAUCUUUGAUUAAUAAUUAGGGAGGAUGACAAACUUGGAUAUUCUGUUACCUUAUCCAUUUUUAAAUGAUUUCUGUAAUCCAGUGUAAAAUAAUUCAUAAUGAAAGCAAUUAUUACAUUCAUAAAUGUAAUGAAUGCUUAAAUAUGGUUAAAGAUGGUUUACAAAGUAAAAUAAAAUACAAUAUUUGUUUUAAAAUUGAGUUUCAAUUUUAAUUAAUAAUUGGUUUGUCUAUUUCCCUUAUAAAUUUGGUCUGAGUUGAAGCACUUAGAUCAAGUAUUUUCCCGAUUGAAACUUGUGCUUCAUUAUAAAUAUAUACCUUCUAAGAAUUUUAAAAAUCUUUCCUUUAAGAUACUUUUUGAUUGAUCUAAUAAGCCUGAAGACAUCAGGCCUAGUGCAGACAGUGUCUGAUCCAUAGUCAACUCUGCUAUAAGUUCUUCAUUAAAGUUAAAUAUGUUUCUAUCAACUGGCAAAGUUUUAUUUAAUAUUUUAAAUCGAAUAAAUUUAGGAUAAUUUAACAUAGCCUUAAAUUUUCUUUUGUUUAAGAACAAGUAAUCGUUAAUAUGAAUAAUUCAUCUGCUAUAUUGAAAUAUUAUAGCUUAAAAUACAGAUAUGUAAUAUCGACAUGAAAGUGGUAAGCAAAAUUUUGUUGCUUUUGUCUAUAAUUCCAUUAAGUUUUUGCCAUUUUGUUUAAAUAUUCAGUUGUUUCAGAUUAUUUUUUAUUGCAGAAAAUUAUUGUUAUUAUUUUGCUUCUUAUAAGGAUUUAUAAUAGCAGUUGCUUUUUCAAUUAGUGUUGUUGUUCUUAAUUAUAGCUGCUUCCUACGAUGUUAUGCCAAUUGCCUAAAUUUAUGGUAAAAAUAUCCCUCCUUUAAAAAAAAAUAUAUAUAUAUUUUUACAAUUUUUUUCAUCUUAGUAAAUUAUUUUGAGUUUUCUGUCUAGGAAAACUAUGUUUUUCAUGAAAAAAUUGUAAAUUGAAAAUAAUUUUAAAAAAGAUCAAUGUUGGUAUAACAAAGUUUAAAUGUUAUAUCUAUGAAUCUACUACCUGCUGUGCUAUUAAUCUACUCUUUAUCUGCUACAAACAUUAUAGUUUAUUUUUUUUAAAAAAAGAGUUGUUUACCAAUUGUCUGAGUUUCUUGUUAUGGAAUACUAUAUUUUUUAUACUAUGCACCAACUUAAUUUUUCUGGAAAAAUUAUUGACUAAAAAUGAUCAUUUCUGGUAUAACGAGAAAGAACUACGAACAUCCUUUGCCUGUUACUUGUUAUAUUAUGCCAACUGCCUUAAAAUAUUGUUAAAAUGUUUCAUUUUUUUAACUAUAUCAUGCUAUGCAAGAAUUUUUUUUUGGUGAAAACUUGGAAAUAAAAUUAAUUUCUAGUCCAACAAGAAAGUUUGUUAUAUCAGGAACAAUACUCUUUCCUAAAGCUGACAAUAAAUAUGGUAAUAAAUGCAAAUCAGAUAAUGAAGGGAAUAUAAUACCAUAAUUUAAUUAAUUAUCACAUUACUUGAUUAUUGAUUAAUAUUGUUUUAUUGUUGCAUUUUUUCUUCAUUUUAGUUUAAAAAUAAAUUCUGAAUUUUUUUUAAACUGAACUUGAUUAUUGAUUAAACUUGUCAGAAAAUAUUUUAGGAAGUAAGUUCAUUUUAUUUUCAUUUGGUGUUAAUUAAAUUUGGCAUAAUAAUUUAAUGCAUCUUAAGCAAAAAGAUAAUAUUAAUUUCAGUAACUUAUGGAAUUGAUCAGUGAGUAAUUGGUUUCCCUUCAUUAAGUGCUUUUUAGUGUCACAUUUGAAGUUUAAUUAGUUUUGUUUAAAACUUUUUUUUAUAUCAACCUUAUUUUAAAUAAGGAUAUAUAAGUAUUGGUAGAGAAAGAUAAACUGUCCAAGAUUCUGAUUAUGUGAAACAGGCCUAAUAUUUAUUAUAAAAAUAUGUGCAUUGUUUGACUGUUAUAAACUCAGUUUUGCUAAUAUAUUCAUGAAUAGAAGAUAUAAACUUUUUUUUAUUGCAGUUAUUUAUUAACUACAAAGCUUACUAUAAAUAAUACAACUGACUAGAUCUUCAGACUGGAAAAUUGUUGCUUUUAACUUUUUUUUUACUGUUUAAAAUUGAAUUAACUUCUAAUUUACUUACAGGUUAUAAUAAAUGUUUAUUGAGUAAUAUUCUUUAAAAAUUGAAUUUGUCUUCUUUACUUUAAAAGAUAAUUAUGUUGCUUUUUAGAGAGAGAACAUAUCUUCAAUAAUAUAAUAUAGGUAGAACAAAGUUACUAAUAAGUUAUGAUAGUAAAUUUACUUUCAAAUUUACACUGAAUGCCUAAAGUUAUUACCUAUUUUCAAGCUUUUAGAGAAUUUAUUUAGAUAACAUUCAGAAAACUCAAGCAAUGGCCAUUUUAAUCUGGUAGUCAUUUUAUAUUGGAAAAGUAUAAUUAAUUAUUAUUUAAAGUAGGGUUCAUUUAAAAAUUCAUUUGAAACUAAAUUAAAAAUUAGAUAAAUAAAAUAUUUAGUCUUAUAUGUGACUGGUGAAAAGCUAAUAAGUUUUUUUCUAAUAAACAAAGAAAAAAAAAAAAACUUAAUAUAUGAAUAGGUUUAUAAAUUUCUUUGUCAUUCUCAUCAAGAAUAAUUGGCUGAAAAUUUUAUUCUCAUCAAGAAUAAUUGGUUGAAAAUUUUAUUCUCAUCGAGAUUAAUUGGUUGAAAAUUUUAUUUGCUUAUGAAAUUUCUUUGUAAAGCUGAGUUUAUUUAAUAAACACUAAAAAGAAGAAAUGAAUUUAUGGAAUUUUAUAUUGUUGAAUAAUUAUUUUAUUUAAGACAGUGAUUACCAAUCUUUUUUUCUCGAGAUAAAAUCUUAAAACCCUGAAAAAUUUCGCACUUUAGUUUAAAUUCUUAUUAAAUGUGAUACAGGUAUGUGUUACUUAUUUAUUUUUAAAAAUAUCACAGACCUAUUGCAAUAUAAAUGUUUAAAAGUAUAAAUUAUUGAAAAAUUAAAUGGGAAAAUAAAAAUAUAAUAUCAAAGUAUAUUACCAUUUAUUUUAGUCUGAAAUUUUUUUGUGUUAUUCUCUCUCUGAACUUAAAUGUAGUUUCAAAAAAAGGGAAUUUAGAAAUAAAUUUUAUAUGGAUAAAUUAGAAUGAAAGGAAAAAAUAUAUGAGUUUCUGUUCACCGCAUAAAAUAUUAAUUUUUAACUGAUAGAUCAUCAGAUUUUUGUAGCUCCUUUUAAAUAAUGUAAGGGAAUAAAUAGUUAACUUACUUCAUAGCAAUGAGUUAAUUUGUUUUAUUGUUUCUGGUAAUUAUCCAAUGAACAAUUUUAUUUUUUAAAUUUUAUUAUUAAAAGUGUGUAUUUUAUUUUAUUUGGUUGUUAAUAAUGAAAAAACACAAUUCUUCAAUAUGCCUGUACCUCUAUUUAAAAUUGUCAGGGUUUUUGUCUUUAUUCAUGCUUUAUCUUUUGCUUUCUGAGAAGUUUGUGAUUUUUAUGUUUUAAGAGUGAUUUUGAAUUUUUAACUUAUUUUUUUUUGAGAAGUGUGCCUGUAUCCACAUUAUUUUUUCAUAUGUAAUAUAUGUAUUUAUAGUGAAAAGUAGAUAUGAAGAGAACAUGGAUAUUUGCACACUUUUUUGCAAUCAUAACUUCUUUAUUCUGAGUACCUAAUUGAAAUGUUUUUCGCAUGUUCCAUAGAAGUAACUACUUAUUUCAGAUUUUGUUUAUGAAUAUCUUUAUUUCUUUAAAAAUUUUUUUUCAUUGAUUACUUAAUAUACAGUAAUUUGAAAUCCAUAUUAAUAAAUAUUUCUCCUGUGUGUCAUUUUUCACUUCCGAUUGUUGUUCGAUUGAAAAAUACAUCGAUAUGUUAUGAAAAAAAACUAUUAAAUAUUUUGCUUUUAA